UUCCAUUCAUUGUAACAGCAGUGGCGCAUCUUGUUAAUAAUAAUAUCUUUGGCGGGAUUACAACUACGCCAUCGUUUCCGUGUAUUGGAUUAGAUGUCGUUUGCAAGCGUUUUGUCCGCUGUUUUCAAUGAAAUUUAAAAGGGUUUGGAUAAGAAGGCUUAAUUACAAUGACAGGAAAGACAGAAAAUACGAGCGUGCGUGUCUCUGACCAUGUCAAGCUCGCCUUGCUGUGCCAAAUGUUUAACAGAGAGUUGUUUACGAUGGCUGUGCGGUAAUGUCAGUGUAACGUUACUGCUCGGAUGGGGUCAAAAUGAGGAUGGUCAUUUUAGGAUCUCAGCUUUAACAUCUAGACUGAUUGUUAAUAUUUACUAAUUAGUUUCUGGUUUGAUUUGAAUAAGACAGUUCUGCGAUAACAAUGGAGUACAUAACUGAGGAGCUUGAGGAGUACUGGACUUUGCUCCUCUGGACCACAGUUGCUGUUCUAGUGCCGGUGCUCAUUACGCUGUGGUGCAGCUUUCAGCGUCCCAAACGCAAAGUUAUGCUACAAGGUCUAUUCCGAAAAGGCAAACAUGGCUGGCACUACACGGACCUGUUCAACAAGCCCACCUACUGCUGCGUGUGUUCUCAACCCAUCCUUCAAGGGGCGUUUUGUGACUGCUGUGGCAUAUGUGCGGAUGAGGAGUGCAUACAGAGAGCAGAUCGUAACCUUCCAUGUAAGGAAAUCAUAACUCAGAACGAUGGAGAGUUCUGCCACCGGUGGGUCAGGGGUAACCUUCCACUCACCAGCCACUGUACUGUGUGCAACCAGCAGUGCGGGACACAGCCAAAACUCUGCGAUUAUAGGUGUAUAUGGUGUCAAAGCACAGUGCAUGACGACUGCCAGUCCAGUCUGAAAGAUAGAGAUCUAUGUGAUCUGGGAGAGUUCCGGUCUGUUAUAAUACCUCCAUACUACCUCUUUCAAGUCAACAAGCUCUACUGCAGACACCCUGAUGAGUACAGCAAGCUUGCUGCGCUGUGUGGAAGUGGCUGGACUCCAGUCCUGGUUUUGGCAAAUACACGAAGUGGCAACAAUAUGGGGGAUGUUCUACUGGGAGAGUUUCGUACCCUUCUCAAUCCUGUGCAGGUGUUUGAUCUCUCUGAGCUUCCCCCCUCUAAAGCUCUUCAGCUGUGUACUAUUCUGCCCCCGGGCAGCGUGCGUGUCCUGGUGUGUGGGGGAGAUGGCACUGUGGGGUGGGUUCUGGAUGCAAUCGACACAAUGAAGCUGAAGGUAAGAGCUGUAGAAGCAGAAUGUGGCUGAGUGUGGAUAAUGCAGAAUAUACAAUUCCAAGCUCUGUUGUCUAAAGAGCAUGCAAAAAUCUUUUAUGUAUUUGAUUAGGGC